GGUCACGGGAGGAAGACUUGAGAGGGUGUAGGGGCUGUGAGGGAGGCUGGCGCUAUAUAUAAGGGAGAAGGCACCAUCACGCCCUCAGUUCCUGGCUCUCCCUCAGCUUAAAGUCAUGAAGCUUCUGUCGGUUGUGGUGCUCCUCGGCGUGGCGGCCUCAGCGGUCUUGGCGGAUGACGAUCGCUACUUCCUAUUCCACCGCCCCGCCCCUGUGCAACUGUUCCGCCCCGCGCCUCGCCCCGUCAUCAGGCCUGUGCGGUAUGUGGUGAGGCAGUUCGCGGCGCCCAUCAGCCCCUUCCACUUCUUCGACGAUGACCACUUCGACCGCAAGAAGCGCAGCGCUGAGUCGGAGACGCUCGCCGAGGACGCCAAGAGCCGGCAGAAGAGGGAUUCCGAUUUCUUCGACGAUGAUGACUUCCACUUCUUCCCCGUCCACCGCGCGGCACCCAGGAUCCUCUACAGGCCUGUCCGCCCCGCCCCCGCCCCCGCCGUGCACUACUACCGCCCCAACGCCUUGCCUUUCUACUUCGGUCGUGGAUUCUAUGACGACUAAUAAGUAGGUGUGGGCAACGUGCCAGAUUGUCGUAUUUCCCGACUUCCUACCCCAAAACUGUCUUCUGGGCUCCAAUAACGAAACUCAUUUAUAGUUAUCGUUAAAAGAGCUAGAUCCUGAUGUUUCUUGGCAAUAGUUAAGCGUCAGAAACAGGUAAAUACUAUGCUCUGAGUACGACAAUUUGGCAACGGUGCUGGUGGGUGACAGGUAGAGACGGCCGGGAUAUAUACGAUAGUUGAGACGACGGGGACAGAAGGGAUAGUGCAAUGACGUCUAAAAUGAUGUACGAUGCAAUAUAAUGACGCCAAGGGAAGAGAACAAAAUUAAUAUGAAAAUAGAAAUUAGUUAAAAAAAUGUUAAUGCAUGGAACUGUCUUUAUGUAAUGAUUUGGCCUUUCUUUUCUGUCUAUUUGUCUCUUCGCUCAUGGAAAAUUAUGAAUAAAAUGAAUUAUUAAA